CACGUCUUUUUGUCUGAGAACUGGAUCCCUCUGCCGCUCCACAGUGUGCGCGAUAGCCUCGGAGCUGCGUCCGUACCACACUGUCAAACCACUCCAAACGAGCCCAGCCGCGACCUAAAGCAGUAAUUCAACACUGUCGGCCAUGGCGCUGCUAACCCACCGGUGAAUCGCUCGUUUGGGACUGCUCGCUGGAACUUCGUCCGGGGCUUGUGUCGGUUUGCAUCAGUCUUUAUUAGCGAGCUGCCGCUCUCCUUGCUACCAGCUAUUUCUUUAACUUUUUAAACACUCGGCUCGGCGGAUGACUGAGCGCCGGCGGAGUAUGGGCUCCUUGGCGUCUUAGGAAGCGACUGAAGUGGGCUUUAACCGUGUUCGCAUGCACAAACGAUGGCAAGUUCGACGGGGAAAAAUGUACCAGAUCAGCGGAGGAAAGGACAGGCUUUCCUGGACGAGCUGCGGCAAUUCCACCAAAGCAGAGGGUCGCCGUUCAAGAAGAUUCCUAUCGUGGGUGGGAAAGAGCUGGACCUGAACGCUCUCUAUGUCAGAGUCGUCUCUUUAGGUGGAUUUGCUAAGGUUUCUGACAAAAACCAAUGGGCUGAACUUGGAGAGGAGUUCCACUUUCCCAAGAGUUGUUCCAACGCGGCAUUCGCUUUAAAGCAGUACUACCUGCGAUACCUGGAGAAGUACGAGAAGGUCCACCACUUCGGUGAGGAUGACGACGAAGCUCAGCCGGGGAACCCCAAAGCCUCUCUUCCAGUCGGUGCAAUCCCAAACUCUUACAACUACCAGCAACAUGUCGUAUCAGACUAUCUCCGCCAAAGUUAUGGACUGUCUUCAGAUUUUGUUCAGCCGUGCGACUACAACAAACUGGUGCUGUCUCUCCUCUCGAGCCUCCCCAACGAAGUCGACUUCGCCGUUAACGUUUGCACACUGCUGUCCAACGAGAGCAAACACGCCAUGCAGCUGGACAAAGACCCCAAACUGGUCACGUUGCUGCUGGCCCACGCCGGCGUCUUCGACGACUCACUUGGCAGCUUCUCUGGGGUGUUUGGGACAGACUGGAAGGAGAAAACCUCCCGGGACUUUGUCAGGUUCUGGAGAGAGGUGGUGGAGGACGCUGAAGUCCGAGAGCUGAUCUGGGACAAGAGCAGUCCAGCACAAGACGGUACGUCGUGCGAGGAGCGCUGGCCGAGCCUCUUCCACCCUCCGCGGAACCCGGGUAUCAGCGACGCAGAGGCCCAGCGAGUGCUGCAGAUCGCCGUCAUCCUGCGAAACCUCUCUUUCGAGGAGGCCAACGUCAAGCUGCUGGCGGCCAACCGAACGUGCCUGCGCUUCCUUCUGCUCUGCGCCCACUGCAACCUCAUCUCACUCCGACAGCUUGGACUGGACACGCUGGGCAACGUGGCUGCUGAGCUUCAGCUGGAUCCUGUAGACUUUCGGACGACGCACCUGAUCUUCCACACCAUCACCAAAUGCUUGAUGUCCCGGGACCGGUUCCUGAAAAUGCGAGCCAUGGAGAUCCUGGGGAACCUCAGCAAGGCGGACGAUAACGGUGUGCUGAUCUGCGAGUAUGUGGACCAGGAGUCGUACAGGGAGGUGAUGAUGCUCCUCACUCUGCCAGACCUCCUGCUCCUCAUGGCCUCCUUGGAGGUGCUCUAUCUGCUGGCCCAGCUUGGAGAGGUGCCCUGCAGCAAGAUCGCCUCAGUCGACCGCAGCAUAGACCUCUUGGUGCGGUUAGUGUCUGUAGACCUUCACACGUUUGGGCCUGACGCACUGACGGCGGUACGGUUGAUCGAGCACCAGGCCAACGCCGAGCAGGCGGCCGAGGUCCGACCGCAGCUGGUCGAGCAGGUUCCUGCAGCCGUGCAGGGAGCUCCGGCGCCGGUGACCAGGGUCCCGGUCCAGUCCAGUCAACCCCCUCCUGGCAUUGUUGAACUGGAUGGGGAGAAGUUUACGCUGCAGUGGCUAAAUGCACACUUCGAGACGAACCCCGAGGGCUCCGUGUCUCGAUCAGAAAUGUACUCAGAGUACCUCACCACGUGCAGCAAAAUGGGUCGGAGCAACAUCCUGAACUCCACCGGCUUCCUCAAAUGUCUGCGGACCGUGUUUCCCAACCACACGAUGAGGCGGCAAGAUGAGGCUAAAGUCAGCAGCCAGCUCCAGAUCCUCCUGGUGGGAAUAAGGCGAAGGGCGAUCCCUCUGCCCAUCCAGUUGUACUACCAGCAGCAGCAGAACCCGGCAGCGGCAGCUCCUCCACCUCCAGCAGCUCCGCAUGAAGCACCUGCAGACCCCCAGACCCUGCCACCAGUCUUACCUCCAGGACACUCUAAUCUGGGAUCACAGUUUGUCCGGGCCCCGGGCCCGACCCACAACACUGGUGUCGCCGCACCCUCUGUGGCCUUGACUUCACAGGAACCACCUCCUGCGAGCCACUCGACUGUUCCCCGCCACCCGGUGCCACCACAGGUGCCUCUGGUGCUACCAUCAAACCCUCUGGCAGCACAGCCGCAGCUACAAGUCCGACUCGGUACGGCGGCCCAGAUUCCACCGUCUGCUCCAGCCACCCAGAACCACAGCCCCCAGAACCCCUCCCCUUCACUCUCGUCUCAGCAGCAGCACUCCCCCAUGCUCCCCACUGGGACGCCCGUCACACUUUUCCAACCUGUACCACAGGGCCACAUCCUCACCGCCAGAGUACAAGGCGUGUGCCCCCCAAUUACCCAGCAUCCACCUCUGCCUCAGACCCUUCCUCUCUGUGGGAAUCCAAGCGGAGCUCCACUGGUUGAACCCCAGUGUGCUUCUGCUUCAGCACCCUCCAUCCAGGCUGGGGGUGGGCAGAUGUUGAGUAAUCCAGGUGUGCCCAAUUCCCAAGGGUCGCGUGUCGCAUUUCAGAAUAUCGCCCCCAAACCAGCGUCAAACCAGUCAGGUGGGCCGGCAGCCACAGUAGCCCCUCCCACCCAGCAGCCUCAGUCUCAGCAGCAGGCACAAAGUGUGGUCAUCGUCAGUCCCAGUCCUCAGCCCAACACAGCCUACCCCCCUGCCAUACACCAGAUUGUUCUCGCCAACCCCUCCACCAUCACUGGCGCUCAGACUGUCCAGGUAGCUGGGCAGCCUGGAGCUGCUGCCGCUCCCUGCCCGCCUCCCGCUCAUUCCAACACCCAGGUCCAGUCAAGUCAAACGGUCAGCCAUGCUCUGUCCACAAAACGGCAUCAGCAGCACCAACAGCAGCCUCUCCAAGUUCUACCACAGACUCCUCCACUUCAGCCUACCUCCACCGAGUCCAGCUUGAUCAAGCAGCUACUGCUUCCAAAGCGGGGGCCGUCUACACCAGGAGGAAAGUUGAUCUUACCUGCUCCACAGGUGCCCCCUCCCAACAACAUGAUAACCCCCAGCCCACAGGUCAUCUAUCAGGCAGGCUACAGCAGCCAGAAUCCUCCUCCCCAGCCUCAGCAGCUCAGCGUCCAGCUGCUCCCAGGUCAGCUUCCUGCUGUCAGUUCGCCCCCCCUGCAGACGGUUCAGCUGCUGCCAGGACAGCUCAUUUCCACAAGCAGUCCAGGGGCGACCGCCAUCAUUCAGGGUCCCACAGCAGCAGGACAGGUCACGUUCACCGUGGUCCCCAACACUGGCUUCACCACCUCCACUGCUGCCGUCGCUGCCAUCAGCACAGGGGUCGUCGCUCCACCUGUUCCCCCACCUUUAUUUUCCACUGGAACAGCCCCCCAUCACAUCCCUGCAGGUCCACCACCUCCACCACCACUGCCAGCUCCUCUUAGAGGAGACAAGAUCAUUUGUCAAAAGGAGGAAGAGGCCAAGGACACCACGGGGCUGCACAUCCACGAGAGGAAGAUCGAGGUGAUGGAGAACUCCUCCGUGGCGGAGGGAGACUCCCCCAAUGGAAAAACUAGUAAUGGGGAUGUUGCGGCAGGUGCCAAGCUGCUAAACGGCCAGAAAUGCAUGGAGUCUAAUCUACCUCCGUACCACUCAGGGAACAGCCAGGGAGUACCCAACGGCCCGGUUCUGGAGAGUCCUGCGGCUAACGGGAAGCAGGCCCUCUCCCCGGGCCUGAGCACGCUUCCUGAGGGCCCCGACCCCAAAAAGACUCUGGUCAACGGGGUGUGUGACUUUGAGCGGGGAGAGGGCGGGGGGAACUUCACCAAGAACAUUCCAAAUCACAUUGCUUCCAAACAACACUUGGGGAAUGGGGAAGUGGGCUCCUCUGAAAGGAGCCCAGACCCGUGUCUCCCCAGUCCUCCUCCUCAGCAGGACACUGCCAAAGCCCAGCAGGUUGAGCGCCUGGCUAACGGCCCCCAGCCUGUAUGUCACAGGCCUCCCUCAGAAUUAACCAAUGGACCUUUGGGGCUGGGCCACGCCUCGCCUGUGCUAAGGCAGCAACUGCUUCCCAACUCCUCACUCCCCUCCGCCAUUACCUCCCAGAGCCCCGUGGCCUCGCCCGCAAACGGAGUGGUCCCAGAGGCCCGAGGCCUCAAAAGGCCAGCUGAAAACGAAGACCGCAGCACAGCAGCACCCUCGGGGAUCCCCAACAAAGUGGGAGUGCGGAUCAUUACCAUCAGCGACCCCAACAACGCCGGCAGCAGCUCCACCAUGGUGGCAGUGCCCGCGGGAACCGACCCAAGCACAGUAGCCAAAGUAGCAAUAGAGAACGCCACUCAGCAGAGGAACUACUCGCCCACGCAGGCAGCCGGCGCCACGCCCGCUGUAACCCCGUCCCCACCACCCGUCUCCCAGCCUGCUCCGACGGGUCACCACCACCCCCACCUCCCAGCACAGCAGACCCCCGCGACACCUUCGGAGCCGAGCAGGAAAGCUGGGCAGAACUUCAAGUGUCUGUGGCAGUCCUGUAAACGGUGGUUCGAAACGCCGUCUCAAGUCUUUUACCACGCAGCGACGCAACACGGCGGGAAGGAUGUGUACGGCGGGCACUGUCAGUGGGAGGGCUGUGAACCGUUCCCCCGACAGAGACUGUCCUUCAUCACACAUCUGCAGGAUAAGCACUGUUCUCGAGAGGCUUUACUGGCUGGACUCAAACUAGAGGAGCAGGCACAAAACCCCAAUCAGACUUCUUCCCAGACUCCACCAGCGACGGGCAGCACUCCGGCACAACGAGCACCAAAAGCAAUCGUCAAUCAUCCGAGCGCAGCUCUCAUGGCCCUACGCAGAGGUUCUCGAAACUUGGUCUUCAGGGACUUCACUGACGAGAAGGAGGGACCAGUGACCAAACACAUUCGACUAACCGCCGCCUUAACGUUAAAGAACAUCGCCAAGCACUCGGACUGCGGGCGCAUGUUGGUGAAGAGGCAUGAGACGCACCUCUCUGUGCUGGCGCUUAGUAACAUGGAGGUGUCCACCACGCUCGCCAAAUGCCUUUAUGAACUCACACGCUCGCUCCAGGCUUAGCGCCAAAAGGACAGCGCGGCGCCGGCGAGCUGUAGCGGGUCCACCGAGGGGAGAGGCGUCAAAGGGCGGGAAUCAGGACGAAGACCUGCUGCUGCCCUCGUCUCCCUCUCAUCCUCCUCCAUCCACACCACGCAGGACAAAGAAAAGAUUUAAAAAAAAACUGCCUUGGGAGGGGUCUUCCACCAGCUGCCCACCAGGGGGAGCUCUUUGAGACAGCUUCCCUGAGGGACUCCAAUUUAAAAACCCCUAACGUGAGCACAUUUUAUUUAGGCUUAGUUUUGUUUUCGUUCCCUCCUCAUCCCAUAAAUGGGAGCGUGCACGAGUUGAGGGGUGACUGAAGAGUCGCGACGGUUGGGGGAGGAGUGGGCGGAGCUUCAGAAGGCGGCGCCCAGGAGGAGGACUGCUGGCAACUGGUGCAGACGAUUUUUUUUUUUUUUCUUUUAGAAACUUGGUAGCUUGGUUUUCUUACUUGAGUCAAUAUAUUUUCACUUAUUUAUUAUUGAAAUGAAUACCAUUACAAUGAGUAAAAAAAGAAUCUUGUAAAUAAAUUGUAAAUAUAUAUAAAGAGGAUCCUUUCAUGCCGAUGCAGCCACUGGAGAACCAACUCUAUGGGGUUAAUAGAAGCAUUACUUCGGCAAGAUUUAAUAAAGUAGUACGUUGGUUUUUGCUUUUUUUUUUAAUGAUCCUUGGUCACUUGUAUCUAAUGUGAUUCUAUACUCAGCAGUGGAUGAAUGUACUUAAACUUGUAAAUAAUUCUGCAAAGGUACUGAUGCUGUAAAGCUUAGGGAGGGGGGGAAACAGUUUUUUGUGGAACUGUGACAUUUUUUGUAUUAUAAUACCUUGUAGAACUCAUUUUGCUGGCUGAAAGAGUAUGGAAUAAUAUAUCUCAUGUCAUUUUGUAGAAGAAAGAAAAAAAAAACAAAAAGAAUAUUGAAGGUAUUCUCUUCCUGUACCCUCACACACCCCUCAACACACGUGCACACACAGAAACAUAUAUCCACUGUAAGCGUUUUGUCAUCGUACGGGCACGGUGCGCGUACCAAAAUUUUUUUGUAUUUGUAAAUUGGUUUAAAUACAUGGAGUUUUUAUACAGGUUUUCUCCUGUGUUCUUUGCUUUACGUGCAGGUAUGAUAUUUUCUUCACUACGUUUUUCUAUCUUAAUAUAGUGUGGAGUUUUAUUGUACUAUUUUUUCAUUCUUAAUACCA